AUGCCUUCCCAAGUUCUCGACAUCAAGCAGUUCAUUGAGAUCUGCCGCCGCAAGGACGCUUCCUCUGCCCGCAUCAAGAAGACCAGCCCCCAGCAGGUCAAGUUCAAGGUCCGCUGCAACCGCUACCUUUACACCCUCGUCCUCAAGGACCAGGACAAGGCCGAGAAGCUCAAGCAGUCUCUUCCCCCGGGUCUUACCAUCUCUGACGUUCCCAAGAAGAACCAGAAGGGCAAGCGUGUCGCCAAGUAA